AUGGACCGGCGAUCCUCCGUUGACUCCUACAGCAGCAGCAGCAACAGCGGCGGUGACGGAAGCUAUCAGAACCACCACCACCACAACAACAUCAACAACAACCAAAGCAGAGAUCAGUACCUGAAGAAUCUCAACAAGCAAUCGCAGAAGAUCUCCAAACCCAGUAUCCCGUCUAACCCUAGAAAGCUCUCUCCUUCCCCCUUUGACCACCAUCAGCAGCAACCCAAUUUCAAUUCCAAUCCCCCGAAUCCAAUUCCUCCGCCACAGCCGCAGCCGACGCAGAACCAGCCCCAUGUCUACAACAUCAACAAGAAUGAUUUCCGCGACGUCGUUCAGCGCCUCACCGGAUCCCCUGCCCACCACGACCGCUUCUCCUCCCCCAAUCCUCCUCCUCCAGCCCCUGCUCCGGCUCCGGCGUCCAAGGCACCGUCUCAGGUCUCUCGAUUGCAGCGGAUCCGCCCUCCUCCGCUCGCCGGCCUCGCCCCCAACCGCCCGCCGCCCCAGAUUCAGCACCACAAUCAACACCGCCCCAUGCCUCCUCCGCAGCAGCACUACCAGCCCCCGCCGAUGAAUACCCACAUGCCUCCUCCGGGCCCGCCACCACCCAACGGCUUCUUCCCGCGUCCGCCGCCGGGUCCUUUAUCUCCGGUUCCUCAAUUCCCCGGCCCUGCAGUGGCGGAGUCGCCCGUUUCGGCUUACAUGAGAUAUCUCCAGGACUCAAUGGAUCCCAACAAACAGCAAUUUACUGGGUUCUCCCCUCUCGCCCCUUUGGUUUCCCCUCGAUGGAACAACGGCAAUAACAAUUUGCAACAGCAGAACCAACAGCAUUAUGGACCACCGCCGCCUCAGCCUCAGCAGUACCACCACCAGGGGCUACUUCCGUCGCCGAAUGCUGCUGCUGCUGGGACAGCGAUGAUGCCUCCGCCACAACCAUCCCCUUUCCAGCAGUUCCCGCAGUCUCCUUUGUCGUUUGGGUUCUUGAAUUCUCCGCGGUCUCCUUAUCCUCUGUUUUCUCCAAGCACGUUGCUUUCUCCUUCGGCUUUCCCUCUUUCCCCGACCAUGCCAAUGCACAGUCCAAGAUGGUUGCUUUCCCCCAACCCUUUCCCUCUUUCCCCCACCAUGCCCUUCCCAAGUCCCAGAUGGAGAGGGAUGUGA